AACUCAGCAGCAUUAUCACAACAACCGUUGCCAUCGUAGAGUGAAAGGCCACCGAGGCUGCAGCUAGGCCUGAAGAUACGUUGUCUGGUAGAGGAACGCAACCUUUAAGACAAUCUUGUUGUUGUCGAGGAGUCUGGAGACCCGUCGACAUGACUCUGAACCAGAACAACUCUGAGUCCGGCGGAGUCAUCAUCAACAACAGUGAAAGUGUGUUGAUGAACUAUGACAACGUAGAGCUGGUUUUCUGUGAUGCGGACAGUCUGCCCGAAGCCUUCAGAAAGAGCAAGAAGGGCAGCAUCUACCUAACUCCAUACAGGGUGAUCUUCCUGGCAAAAGGGCGGGAUGCACUGCAGUCCUUCAUGAUGCCCUUUUACCUAAUAAAAGGCUGUGAGAUCAAACAACCUGUAUUGGGUGCCAAUUACAUCAAGGGCACUGUCACUGCAGAGCCUGGAGGUGGCUGGGAGGGUAGUGCUACAUUUAAGAUUGUCUUUGCUGCUGGAGGAGCUAUAGAGUUUGGCCAGUACAUGCUGCAGGUCGCAGCUCAGGCAUCCAGAGGUCAGCCUGUGACCCCUGGGUUUGGUGGCUGUCCUUACAUGGCGAACGGGGCGUACGCUUACCCUCCUCCCCCUGCUAACGGCAUGUACCCUGCUGGACCUCCACCAGGCUAUUCAUACCCCAACCCACCUCCACAAGGUGGAUUCUACCCCAACCCCCCAGCAUUUGAUGCCUCUGCGGCCUACAUACCUCCACCUCCUUAUUCUGCUCCGCUGGGCCAACAGCCCCCACAUGACCCAGACCUCCCCUCCUCAGCAGCAGCGGAGGCAAAAGCAGCUGAAGCAGCAGCGAGCGCCAGCUGUGCUACCCUGCCUCCUACACAUGUGUACCUACCACAGGACAAGCCUCCUCCAUACUCUCCUCCAGAGGACAAGAAGAACCAGUAGACCAUCUCAUUUCACCGUCAUUCCUCACUGUCUCCUGUAAUCUCCAUCCUACUGGAUCACCUCUUUUCUCAUUCCAUUAGCCAGACUUCAGGAAGACCAAAGUUUUCCUUUAUAACAUAAUGUCCUUUUUUUCAUCUUCCUAGUCCCCUACUAUCUCAGUCUUUUUGGUUUCUUUUUUGCCCAUUCCAUCGCUUUCCUGCCUCAGCCUUUACUUUUUACAUUCCUUUUACUGAUUAAUGUAUUGUAAUCAGCUUCAUUCUCUCCAGAAUUACCUUUACCUGGUGGAAACUAGAAGUAUCGGUUGCUAGAGGAACAAGAAGAUUAUUCUGGCCAAGGAUUUGGGGGCUAUUUUCAAUGUAGUUGAUAUCAACUUUAUAACCUGAUGAGCUAUUUUAGCAUUUGUUGCCUUGUAGGUGUCCCCCACCACUCUAAACUUAUUCAAUUUCAGUUUUUUUUGCUAUACCUGUCUAUUAAGCAAGACUGAAUCAGAUAAUGUUAAUUACUUUGCUAAUCCCUUCAGAGACAAGCUGAAUCCAGUGUUUUAUUUUUCUAUUAUUUGUGUGUACAGGCUUUUAAUAUGUAGACUUGAAAAUAUUUUCUCAAGAACACUAACCUAGAGAAAAACUAGCUUUUGUAAAAGAGAGCAUAUUGCAGGGUGGUCCGCUCUGCUUUGACAUGUUUUGGCGGAUGAGAGGAGCACAAAGAUUAUAGCCCCAGCGGUGAAUCCCUGAUCCUGGAUUAGAGCAGAAAGCGAGGGCCACCAGGGCCUGGGGGGGGCGGGCCUACUGCCAGGAGGGAUUAUCUUCAUGAUGUAAAAGAGCAGAGCAGUCACCAAAUGAUGUCACUUCCUGUUUGGUCAUGCCUCUGAACAUUUGAGAACACCCAUGGUCCGACUCACCGCCAGCUCGCGUCACCUUACAUUCUUCUAACAAAUAAUUUAAACAUUAACAAGACUGUCAGAGGAUGUUCUCACUGUUUCUACUCUGUGUGGUUGUGAUCUUAAAGCUCCGGUUUGAGAUCAGUCUGUAGAUCUGAUCCAACAUCAGUAUCUGAGCCUCUACUCUUCCUUCCUCUAUGGUCACUAAUCUAUAUACUGUAUCUGUUGCACAUCUGUGGCUGAUUCUUUGCACUUUCAGAAUGCUAUGCAUCAGGCUCCUCUUUGCUCUGUCAUGGCUCUGUGUAUAAUAAUAAUUAUUAUAAUAAUGAUAAUAAAGCUCUGUAUUUAUUUCAAACCAA